AUGUCGGAACCGGCGAGCUCCGGGGACCCAACUGGCGAGAAAUCGGAGGAGAGAGGAGAGAGAGAGGAGAGAGAAAGACGAAGCUUUAGCAAUGGAGAAAGAUUAAUAAAGCGGGAGGUCCGAAGACCCCACCCACACUAUCCUGAAGCCAGGCACAUGCAGCGAUUCGUGAAGUUUAUCCGGGCCCUAAGCGACGGCCUCAGGCUUCAGAGUGAUUCACGAGUUACAGUUGGGCAUGGAGUGGCUAUGCAUCCUGAAGGGAACCUCUUUUUUCCUCUGUUGGCUUCUGGUGUUGUGCAAUGUUUGUGCGUUUAUGCGACUUGUUGCUUUACUCCUGCAGAAGCACAUUACAUUGGUCUAAUGUUGAUGGCCGCAGCUGGGUACGAUCCAAGACUUGUUCCGCACGUUCACCAAAAAUUAUACCACCAAGAUUAUGAUAAAUAUUACCUGGACACAACUCAUCCUUCUGCAGGGCGAAUAGUCGAGAUGGUUAGCCAAGAUACGGUGAUGGAUAGAGCAGUCAAAAUAUACGAGCAAGUUCAGGCUGGUCACGAGAUUCCGAGUUUUAUCGAACAAAGUAAAAUAAUUCCUUGCAGCCCCAUUUUUAGCCCAUUCUCAGUUAAACAACUUUUUUCCCCACAUGUAGAUGGUAGCAUAAAAUUGAGCUGGUGA